UCUCGAUCCAUCUCGAUCGCUGCAAAGCUUGGCGUGGGAGAGGCAUGUAGAGCCAGAGGCAGAGGCGCAUCUAUCCGCCAUUACUAAGUUGCACCACCCUCACGAGUCACGUCGUUUUGUUUGGAAGGAGGAUUGGCCAAAGUCUUGCUGCGCAAUUUUAUCGAGCCAUGUGUCAGGGUUUCCAAGCCGAAUGCAGAGACCGCCUUUCAACUAGAUAAUGUGGUGCCCCAUCCCGUGGUGUUCAAUGCUGUAGCUUCUUCAUGAGCUGACGCUUCCACCAGCCAUUCUCCCCGCUGAUGGCCCUUCGGCGGUUGCUCAUUCGAGCGACCAAACCCAGUGCUUACAAGAUUUCAUUCGGAAAGUCAGGUGCCGUCUUUGAAGGGUCCUUUUCUGCGCGGGCAAGCAGUGGCCUGGAUGCGACCACUAGCGGCGCUGGAUUGGUUGAUGAAGGGAGGAAUGCAGAUUUCAUCGAAGGACAGGGACUUCCCAGUCGGAGACAGGGGCCUGAGGGCUUUGAAUUUGGUGCACCUCCUUUAGAUGGAAGUGGGCCCUCGAUAAGCAGCGGGGAUGGCAAGCAAAAGCAGGAGAGUGGGAGCCGAGAGGUUCAGGCAGGGCACAAUGAUCUGAAACACCAACCAUUAUCGCAAAUUGGAAGCAUUGAGCCAGCCCUGCGCUCUUGUCAAAAUCAAGAACUUCCCUUGUUUGGGCUCAGAAAUCUGGGUUACCCCUUGCAAUUCAAAUGCAAUCCUCUUUCCCAAGUCCGACACUACGCGAAUGCGGCAGUAGUGGAAGACACCGACGUUGACCCCUCAGUGUCAAUGCAUAGGGAGCAAUUCCUGCGUGCUUCGAGCCGGAAGGUUGAGAAGCCGCAGCCGGUGAUCAAAGCCUACCUUCGUGAUGCACCUGGGAAAAUUCCGAACAAGAAGGAGAGGAGGCAGGGCCUGGUGCCGGGGGUCAUCUUCAGCGGGAAGGACGGGCACAAGGGGGGCGAUAAGCGGCUGAUCUCGGUUGGGCAUAAGCAGCUGUCGGCCAUUCUGCAGCCGCUGGGGAAGUUCUUCUUUUCUGCGAUGACCUGGGACCUGGAGCUGUAUGAGGGGCGGCCUGGGGAGGAGGCGGCAGCGAAGAAGACGGUGGAGAGAGUUGUGCCGAAGUCGGUGCAUUUGCACGCAGCUACAGACGAGCCGAUGAAUGUGACGUUUAUGAGAGUUUCUCCCGACGAGAAGAUCACGGUAGAUGUCCCGCUUCUUUUCAUUGGGGAGGACGCUUGCCCAGGCCUGAAGAAAGGAGGUCGUCUAAACACAGUACGGCGAUUGGUCCGAUAUGUGUGCCCAGGCGACAAAGUUCCCCCAUACUUGGAAGUGGACAUCAGCAGACUAAACAUUGGACAAAGCAUCUAUCUCAAGGACCUACCAGCCGAUCCGGCUCUGAGGAUAGUGGCAAAAGAUCUGAAAAUGCCAGUCCUGAAAAUUUCGGGCCGAACUCAAACAGAUAGCGCUGACGGGGAGUAAGCAAAAGAUUUUGUAAGAUUGCUUUUGGAGCUGCGAUGACGAUGCACUACCUGAAGCUACUCUAGAGCCUCAUCUCGUUCUUUGGAUUUGAGUCCGUCCUAAUCUCCAUUGCCUGCAC